GUUCAGUAUUGUUUAUAUGGAAAUUUAAUAACUUGAUUGUAAUUAAUUUCGACAACUGUUUAUUAACAAUGAACUCGUUUAUACCAUGGAUUGCGCAAUUCCAUUGUGGUAAUCGCAGUCCUAUUAAUCAUGGUGAUUUUUCGACUAAUUCAUUAUUGGGAUCCAGAAUAGCAGGUCGAAAUUCAGAUUCGGAUGCAGAUAUUUGUGAUGAAUUGGAAGGUAUCUUUUCAAAAAUGAAUCCAAUCAGCAAAUUAUCAAGGAAAAAUAUAAAGGAGGGAACUUUGGAACGAAAACCGUUGCUCGCGGGACGAAUCCAAACAAUGGUAGGUGAAGAAAGCGGAUCACCCAGUGAUCGACAAAAUCGCUUAUCAAGUUCGGAUGAUGAGGAUAUGAAAUAUUAUAAUGAAAAUUAUGGUUCAGUUGGGAAUGCUCAAUUUGCAAAUGUUGUUGGCGAUGCCAUUCAUGCAAUACGUGAAGGAGUUUAUCCAGAACGAACCCGGCAAGGAUCAUCUGGAUCAUAUUUUGUGAAGAACUGUGAUGGAGAAAUCAUAGGUGUUUUCAAGCCUAAGAAUGAAGAACCAUAUGGUCGACUGAAUCCAAGAUGGAUGAAAUGGAUUCAUCGUAUCUUCUUCCCAUGUUGCUUUGGACGUUCCUGCCUUCUACCUAAUCAGGUCAUUUUCCAGUUGCUUGAGAAGUUCAGUCUUCUGGAGUGCUUCUGGAUUUUUGUCAUAAAUUUGAAUUUCAAUGUCGGAUUCAUUUUCUGUCUUCCUUGUAUAAAUAAUAAGCCUUUUUCCUCAGUCCUAAUGUUUUUUUUUCCUUCACUCUCCACUGUGAUACAACUAAUAACUGUUUUUUUUUCUUCUAAGUUUCUGUCCAAAAUUUCUUAUAAUCCAUGUAAGCUAUUAGUUGUUUUCCCCUUAUUUCAAAUAAUUUCUUGUCUUAUUUCGACAGCAUAAUC